UCAGUUCUCAUGCGGCUUUCAUCCGAAACGCACCGUAACAGUUCGCAACGGAAUAUUGCCAAACAGAUACUUUUAAAACUACGUAACGAACUUCAAAGCGACACGUGGGUGUGAAAAAACGGCUUUAUAAAAAUCACCGUGUAAUUGCAGUGUUCUUUAAAUUACAAGAAAUCGCCCGAAAUAUAGUUAAAUGAUGGCGAAGUGAAAUGAAUUCCAUGGAAUGUCCGCAACUGGUCAACCUGUGAGUCCUGCGAAUCCCGUGUGAGUGCUCUGAGUGCCCAGAGGAUGGCGGUGAGCAGUUCAAUUAUGGAGACCGCCGCUAUUUUGGCCCUGCUGCUUGGCCUUUUCAUUCGAAGUGGCUACUGCAUAGACUGCUUCAAAUGCGUGUCCUACAACGGAGCUAAUAAGGCCUGCGACGAUCCCUUUCACAACAACUACUCAACGGCCAUCUUGGAGUCGCCCUGCAUGGGCGGCCGGAAGGGGCGUGACGGCCUAUUUCCGGCCACCGCCUGCAUCAAGAUCGCCGGCUACUACGAUGGAACUGGCGAGACGAUAACGGUGAGGGGUUGCGCCCUGGACAGCGGCACCCUGACCACCGACACAGAGAUUAUAAGAAUGUCGCACUGCGGAAAGUUCUACUACGAUGACAAGUACGUGCACGGGUGCCUGCAGAGCUGCAGUGACGCAGAUGCCUGCAACUCGGCCAGGAGGCAGAGUGCGAGUCCCGCAGACCUGGAGUCGCUGAUGAGGCACCUGCUCAGCCUGGUGGUGUUCCUACUGGCCGCCAGCAGGUAGCACAGUGGGCAUCUGUAAGUCAAGUAUCCGGCGCAGGAGAGGCAGGCGGAAAUUUGGCUGCAAGCGAAGUGAGGCAGCCGGGAAGGCAUUUAAGUCGUCUUGGAUGCGCGUGGAAAUCGUUUUCUUUUCCUUCGAAUCUCUCUGUGUCUAGGAUCGCAAUCGCACCCAAAUGUAAACGCACUCGAGCAGCUGCAGCAAGGACACGCUCGAAAACACACUCUCUCUUACACACAAUAACAUUAUGGAAUUCAUCAAGCAAUUAUGUGAUUUUUAAGCGAAUACUUAACAACUAUCAAACAAUAAUUGAUGAACGCGUACGGAAACUAUUUAGAUGCUAAGCAUUCGAGUGGCAAAAUCAAAGCGACACUGCAAACCAAAUUCAAAUUCUAAUUGCAAUUAUUUUUAGCUCCUAAGAAGGAAUCUAGACUUUAAACGCUGUCGCUUAGUGAAAGGCAGGAAUGGUUUACGAUUUAUAUACGAUGUGUUUUACCUUGGCAUAAGUAAGCAUUUUUCACCUCUCUAGAUGACUAUUGUACAUAUACAAAAACAAUUUAUCUAUUUGUUAAACGAAUGCUGAAUUUUGGGCAGAUUAUAAAUAGUUGUGUACAUGGAUUAGUGAGUAAAAUUAGCAACGAAAACUGCGAGAUACAAGUGAGAGGAGAAGUAUCUUAUUUCUUCUUAUUUUUGAGGAUAUCCUACUGUUUCCUCUGUAUAGCCUCAUCUUUAUUUAAACUUGCGCAGACCGCAACUAGAUAAGUCGCUUUACUCGUAACUGGGUGAACUAUUUUCACAAGUCCUAAAUCAAGUCAUAAACUCCGGUCAUAAAUGAUACAAUACGUUGCUAUAUAGACUUCUGAAUCUAGACUCAUUUACCUCCAGUCUGUGGCGGUUGAUUCACCGGCUGAUUGGGUAUCAUGUCCGGAUAACCUGAUAAGGUAUCGGUUUUCCAGGUGUUGCCUAGCAGCCCGCCAAGAAAUAACGAUUAGAAUUGCUUAGUACAUUCAAGCAGCUCAAUCGAAAUGGACG